AGAGAGAGAGAUAGAGAGAGAUAGAGAGACAGAAGAGAGGUGCCGUCGUCUGUCAAACAGCAGAGACGCGGAGCACAGCCACCACGACCAUACAAACUCUGGCCACAUUUGUUCCAUAAAAUGCCUUUCCCUGCCCCAGUCUAGCAGGAGCUAGCUGAAUACACUUCUGGAGAAGCUGGUUUACUUCAGUAUAAUAAUGGCCACAGACCAAGAAUCUCUACGCGCUUUAGAAGCAUUAAUGAAUGAAUUUUUUGGCUCGUCAACCACGAACUCCAGGAAGAGAGACAUUGAGACAAUUUUAGGAAACUUUGGACAGCAGCGUGGUGCUUGGAAACAAUGUCUUUAUUACGUGGCCCAUACUCACAACUCUUAUGUGUCUAUGUAUUGCCUCACAACCUUAGAGAACAUAAUCAACAAGCAGUGGGUAGGACUCAUGCCAGACGAAAGAACAGAGAUACGCUCCACCUUGUAUCGAUUUGUUCUUGAAAAUCAUAAAGUAGCCCCUUAUUACAUACGAAACAAGUUGGUCAAGCUCGUCGUGGAUAUUGCUCGUCUUUCUUGGCCACAUUUCUACCCAGAUUUUUUCACUAAUGUCUUGUCUUUAUCUAGAAGUCGUGACACAGUGGUGCUAUGCAUUGUGUUUCUUCAAACAAUUAGUGAGGAGUUAGCGUGUCCUCGUGAGGAACUGUCUUAUUCCCGGCGCACAGAGCUGCGGCGCUUGUUGUCCCAGCAAGUCCCAACAAUGCUUACUCUUCUUUCUGGUUUAUUGGAGGGUGUAGUUGAGAAGCACAAAAAUGCUGUAACUGCCACUCCUCCACCGUCCCCAACACACACUCACGGCCACUCCCCAACUCGAUCUGGCCUCUCAUCCUCUCCAAUACAAACAGGUACAUUGCUGAGCAACAUGUUUCACAACCUGGAGAGUGGCACUAGUACGCGUACAGGUUGGGUGCUUCCUCCCUUGGACGUGGAGAGCGAGACUGUAGCAUCACUGUCACUCAACUGUCUGACACACCUCUUCUCGUGGAUUCCUCUCUCCUCCCUCAUAACUCCACAUCUGCUCAAUACUAUUUUUCUUUUUGCCUCUUUAGGAGCUGAUCCACAGCCCAACAAGCUACACAAUGGCUCUUCAGACAAGAAUAUAGUGGCUGGGGAGUCUCUUGGCGUCCUUGCCAUGGGGUCCAUCAAUGAGAUCAUGAGCAAGAAUUGUGUACCACAUGAUUUUGAAGAAUUCCUUUUGCAGAUGUUCAGAAAUACAUUCCAUCUAUUACAAAGAUUAGUGAGAGAUGAGCCAAAUACAACAUCACGACUUCAGUUGUUGGAUCCAAGUUAUCUAGAUAAAUUUACAGAGUUUCUGAGGCUGUUUGUAAGUGUUCACCUAAGAAGAUUUGAAAACAAUUCUCAGUUCCCUGUCCUUGAGUUCCUUGGACUUCUUUUUCGUUACACCUUCCACCAGCACUGUGUUGAUGCAUAUUUCAACUGUCUCGAUGUAUGGAGCAUCUUUUUAGAUCACCUGCUCUCCAAAGUUCAAGGAUCUCAAGAUUACACUGGAGUAGGAAGGUAUGAGGAUGCCCUGAUAUCCCUGGCUCGAGGUAUUCUCCACAAGAUACAACUAAGACAUAAUCAGGCAGAACUUGAGGAGCUGGAUCAUGAAAUCUGUGAGGAAAUAUUGGAGAAUAAUAUACAUCACUAUGGGGAAUUAGGAACAAGUGAAGAAGUGUCAGAGUGGCAUUCCUUCUUCACCAGAAACUUGGAACUUUUAGCCAAAAUUGCCGACCUUCUACCAGAUCAGAUCUUUACAUUGGUGUAUGAGCCAUGGAAUGAAGCCACAAAGAUUUACCUUACCCUUCAGUCUAAUAUGAUUGAGCAGAAUGGUCGUCGCCGACUCAAUAUCUCAGCAGAGCACGAGUGUCCACGUUUACAUUGUCUCCUAAGAGAUUUGUCAUCCUUACUACAAGCCAUUGGCAGGUUUUCGUCACUCUUUUUGGGAGAAGAACUGCCUAAAAGAUCAACCACAGCAAUUCAAGUUAUUGAAAAGCUAGUUCAGAUGGCAAACUACAGCACAGGCUUGAAACUGUUUGAAGUAGAAACUGCAGUAGAUGUUCUUCAUUCGGACUUUAUUGAAGUUCAUGCUCAAGUUUUAUCCACUUUGAGAGCUUGGGUGCAUUGGCUGUCUCAGCUCUAUGGGCAGCAGUUUGUGCAGGUUUUCCCUGGAGGGACACAGACACACCAGCAUCAAGAUACCUGCCAUACAAUAAACAAACAGAUGCUAGUUGCUGCCACCAAUGUUCUGAAUGUUGGAGCUCCUCCACUCAUCGUAAAUUGUGGAGUCCAGCUACUGCUCUCAUUGUCUGUGAUGGUACGGUCUCCUGUGGCACUCGAGAUGAACCAGGUCCAAUCUUUGUAUGUGCAAGCCCCAUCAAUUUCCUCAGACAUAAAGGUGCGUGGAUUAAUACUGCGGGCUUUAGUAAAUUUUCUUCUGCUACCGUGGCCAAGCUUUGUGGUGGAUCACAGACUAGAAUCUCGAAAACACCAUCUUACAUCCUUCAUCAAUUCCUUUACCUCUGAAGUGCGGAAAAUGGAUGUGCAGGCACUAGUCGACGAUAAAACUAUGCAGGAAGCUAUGGCACCAAAGUUGUGUGAUACUCUGUCAGUGAUUCAUUACCAGGUGGAGGAGCUCAACAACACAGAUAAAGCCAGCCGGGAACUCUACUACCACUGUGUUCAGGACAUCAUUCAUCAGGCUAUACUACUUUUUCCCAUUUAUGUUCAGCAUUCCAGUGUGUGUGAGGAGAUCUUGUCAUUGAUGGUGGUAGUCAUGCAGGUGUUAAGGGUUCAGCUGGGUCCUGCCCGAGUUGAGGCUACCAUACAGACAUUCCUUGAUGUCUUCACUACCCGACAUCACCUUCAGCUAGCCAUCAGUGCAGAAAAUCCUGCUGCAGUCAGGGUAGUUGACAAAUUUCUCAAGUUGCUUGAGCUGAUAGUGAGUGAGCCAGGGCAGUCCUUUAAGAGAUUCAUUCCAAAUACCAUCACACUCUGCAUGGAUCACAUUUAUCCUGUUGUGUCUGAACGAGCAUCUCCCGAGGUUAAAGGUCCAUUGUUUGAUCUACUGCGAUGCCUUCUUGAACAUAAUUGGAAGUACUUCUUUAAACCAUCUGUUCACAUAUCUCUUGGAGCUGGAAACUGGGAUUCUAUAGAAAAUGAGGCACAGUUCAUUCAGAUCAUGCAGGCUUUUGGUCAGUCCUUCAUGCAGCCAGACAUCACAAUCUUCAAGCACAACCUAGAAGCUCUUGAAUCCCUCAAUUCCAAAUAUAAAUUGUAUCAUAAGGGAGUAUUCCGUAACUCUAUGCUGGGACAGUUCAUAACCGUUUUGCUGCAAGUUUUGGUUCACCGUUCUCAGGAUCUACUGCAGGAAGAGAUAACAAUCACAGUAUACAAUAUGGCAUCGGUGGAUUUCACCACGUUUUUUGCAGCAUUUGUGCCCCACUUUCUUCAGAAUAUGGAUGGUCUUGAUAAUGAUCAAAGAACUACUCUGAAACAAAACUUCAAAACGGAUACAGACCUUCCAACUUUUACACAAAAUGUGCAGAGGUUCAUCAAUGAUCUCCGAUACUACCGUACCUGCAAUGCUAGUCUACCACCAGGCACUGUAAAGUUAUAGUACACUUAUUUUGUAUGGCUCAAUCAUAAGGAUUGUGUCAAGAUUUGCACUGUUGUUUUGAUUGAAAGACAAAUAUGUUCAAAUUUAUUUGAGAAGAAGUAGUGCUCUGUUACCAAUCCUUUGAUCCACUGUGUGGAACUAAUAGUCAGUCAGUGAGCAAAACAAAGGCUUCACAUAGAUCUAAAACAUUAUGCAUAUCAUCAUCAUAUCCAUAUUCAUUAUCUCCUCUCAAGAUAUAUUGCUACUACAGUUGCAGUUAUCCAUAUACACAAUUCAGUGUUGUCACUCAUUUAUUCAUCACCACAUCAUCAUCUGGCGAGUCAUUCCUUGUUGCUUUGUUCAGGUGGAUUAUUUAAUAAUGUAGCCUCUUUCAUAUCAACAGAAGAAUUAUUACUUUUGUGGCAGGUUUCAACACUACAAACAUUACCAAAGUGACUAUACUUUGCAGUAAACUCAUCGUUGUUCAGGUUCCAUAUUUGAUUGAGAUUUCAGAAUGACUGGUUGCUUCCGGACACCAAUAGUAACUAGUUAUUUGUCACCUGGCCAUUUGAAACCAGAGUUGUACAUUAUGUCUAAACCAUAUUCCAUUCAUGGUCAAAUGUGUGAAAUAGGUACAUUAAGUCCACAUUAACAAAUUUAGUAGAAAAAUACUAAUCCUCAACUCAAGUUAGACAAAAUGAAUCAAGGCUUCCACACUGCUUUAAAUUAUAAUUUACUGCAUUUUCUUUGUUGUCCAUUUUAAAAGAUAUACUUAAAACCCUUAAAUUGCUCAUGCAACUCUCAAAUGAAAAUAGUCAGUGCACCUAGUCCCAGUGGGAGAUUAAUGUGCCAUGCAAUAUUCAAAAGUCCUACAGAUUGUAUUUUGACAUCAUUCAACACUAAAGACCUCUAGCAGUUGUUUCCUAUAUUGGAACAAAAUUGUGAAAGCUUUAACUUCCAUUUUGGGAAUUACAAGUAAUGUAGUAAAAAAAAUGGCACAAGUUAGGUGCAUCACAAUCCAUUUUCUGAUGUCAAUAAUGCCAAACCAUUGAUGCCAAACAAAAUUUCAAGGACUUUUAUGAAGACCUAGAAGAUAUUAAUGAUGAUAAAAACUUUCAAAUUUGACAUUUUCAACCUUUCCUCACAUCACUAUUGCCAAAUUAAAUGAUAAAUUUUUUCCAAUCAUCAGAAAGAAAUGUUUAUUGAUAUCAAGAAUUUUUUUUAUGUACAACUGAAAAUUUACCCACUUCAGUGUGUGCAGUUUGAGGGUUUUAAAACGACGUGUAAAUUAUAUCGGGUCAUAGUAUAAUUUCACAUUUUAAUUACAAAUUUAGAUAUCAUAUAUCAGUAGAAUGCAACCUUGCUUUGGCAAAUCACCUGAUGCAGGGCACACUUUGCAGGUCAUAUUUACUCACCCACUUCACCAAACAAAUGUCUGGUAAAGUGAAUGGUGUGCUUAUUUGCUUAGAAUGCCGAGCCAGAGUUCAUAGACCUCGGGAAAUAUUGAUGGGCCUGGUUCAUUUAUACCAUUUUGGGGUCAUGACCCUACCUUUAAAAAAUUAGAUUUAAUCCUUAGACAGCGGUUAUCAUCAAUUGUUGAUUCACUGGUUAAUGCAGUUAUCAUAUGAAUAUUUAAAAAAAUGUUGUCUGGGUUUUACAUGUAUGAUACAAAUAUGGAUAUAAUAGGUCUAUGUGGAUGUAAUGGCAUCUACCUUGACCCACAAAAAAAUCCUGCCACCAUUUCAUAGUCUGAAUCCGGUUAUUGUCAUGAAUGUUACUAGGGAAAUGCGGUCAUCAUAUAAUGAUUUAAAUAAUUAUUGUCUGAGUUUUGCAUGUAUGAUGCAAAUAUGGAUAUAAAAGCUCUUUUUGGAUGUAAAUAAAACAAAACAAGUGAUAAAACAACUGGCGAAACAGAUAAUAAAUCGGGUAGAGCCAGCAAAGGUGAGCACCAGACGUUGACAAGUGCCAGACGCAGACUUACAGAGCACUUCCACCCAGUGAAACAAUAAAUAUUUACUUAUCUUCAUGUUUUUCUUAUAUUCUGCAUACAAAUUAAUAAUUCUAUAAUAACAAAUCUUUUUUGGACUUAAUUUUUUGUGCAUAGACAAAUAUGACCAUUCCUCCAUAGCCGCUGUCUAAGGGUUAAGGGUCUGAUCCUUAGAAAUACUGACAGAGUGAAAUUUCUAUACACUCAAGUUUUCCAGAUAGUUGUCCAUCAUAAGAUAAGCUGAAAUUAAACUUUGUUUAGUGAAAUUUGCUCAUACAUACAGUUUGGGAAAUAGUUUAAGAAUGGUAACUUGUUUAAUAAUUCUUUGAUUACAUUAAAAGAUAUGUAGAUAAAUGAAACAUUAGGAGAAACUGGCAUAGCAAUGUAUUUUUGUCAUAAAAAAAUUACAUCAUGCAAAUGCCUCUGGAAGGCUGCAACAAACCAGGCAUGGGGGUCUCAUAUAAUUUGCCAUAUUGAGGUUGCACUGUAAUGUGUCUGACAGCCAAUUUAAGGUAAUUGGAAACUUAAGGCUUCGACUCCUAGUUUGUAUUAAACAUUUUCUAGUGAUUUCUUCUUACUGUUCACAAUAUUAAAGGGUAUAUUGCAAAUUUCAUGUGGUCACAGUUAAUGGGAUGUACCCAUCUUACUACUUUACUUCAUUUAUAAAAUAUUUAUGGCUAUGAUAAUUGCUGUCAUCUUUUAUUAUUUCCAGCAUGUAUGCUUUCUGUUAUUUUUGUUUUGUUUUGUUUAAUUUAAUUAAAGAUCAGCUGUUGGUAAGAGUAUCCCUCUGUCAUAUCUUUGUUGUCACUGUUUUCUGUCUAGACCCUUAAACAUGUGCAUGUCACCUUGCUAAUGUAACCCAUCACCUCUGACACUACCUUUGUCUGUAUGUUUUUUUCUACCAACUGUUUGCUGUCAACAUCUGUCUGUAUUCUACUACACGUACUAGGUUUUCACCCGAGCCUUAGGUUCCUUUUUACUAAGACUGUGGUACUUGUCAAUAAUUAGGGAAAAGCCCGAGUCUGUGAUCAUUGAACCAUGUGAUACAUAUGUGCUUAAGUUUUGUGGACCAAUGUACAAUCAUGUCUGGUGUUCCAACACAGAUUGUAAUGUCACUACCAAAACUUUGUUCAAAAUAUUUAAUUUUGUCAGGUUCCCCAUACUUAUGAAAAACUCUUGGUUGUGACAUUUUUGGAAUGUCAUUUUGUGUGAUUGUGCAACUUGGGUAUUUGAGAUUUUUAUGUAACUCUUCAAACAUGAAUAUUAGGUUUAACUGUAAAUUUCUGCAAUUUCUUUUUUCUUAUUACAUUCUUAUCUUAAGCAUUCCAUUAGUAAUUUCACUACUAUUGAUUAGUUAAGUAAAUUAAUCAUUUUACAUUAAAUAAUCUAGUAAUAAUUAUGUUAAAUUAUACUCUUUACCAGACUAGUGAUAACUUGAUGGGUAAGAUAAACAUUGACUGAGGCGCUUCUGCCACAGAAGAUAUAUGAUCAUAAUUGAUUGGAAAUUAUGUUAACAAUAAAACAACACAUCAUUGAACAAUCAUUGUAAAUUAAAUUCACUAAGACUUAUAAGAUCAAAAAUAUAAUACUGUACAUGUGACUAAGAUAUAAUAUGCAGUUACACUUGUUGAAUUAACACUGCUCACCAUGAAUAACAUAUUUUAUAUCUGCUUAGCUGAUGGGCAUUCUGGCUAGCCACUGCUCAUGGUAAUUUUUGUUUUUAAGAUAUUUUCAACACAUUACGUUGCACAUUCCAGUACCAAGUUAUUGGGUAGACAUUCCUUCAGCUUUUUUAUGUAUAUUCUUUAAAUUUUAAUUAAAGAGCCAACAUUUUUCAUACACAAAUGGCUGAUGAGAAAAUCUGUAAAAUUUAACAUGAAGGCUGAGAUAGCACUUGGGCAACAGAAAAUUGAUCCAUGUCCAAUGAAAUGGUGAAUGUGUUACGAGAAGUUGAAGCAAUUAGUACUGUAAGUGACUUUUCAUUGCCAGUUUUGGGUACAUUAAUUUGCAUUUGCCUUUUGGUUUCCAUGGUCUAUUCUUCGGAAACGAUUUCAAACAUAUAUGCUCUUCAUAAAUAAUAGUGUAUGUAAAAUUAAACUUUUCUAUAUUUUCAUAAAAAAAAAAAAUAUUUCUGUGCAGUUUAUUGAACUGUUUUGCCUGCAAAAUUCAUAUUAAUUAAAAUACCAAUUUAGGCCUCAAUAUUUUAAAUUUGCUUCAGAUUUUAUAUAUAACUACCAAGAGUACGCAUGAUUUUUUGGUAUCUUUCAUAUUAUGAAAUUUGGUAUAUGAAAUAACUAUUAGCACUAAUUGCCAGAUAUGAUUUUAUCCUUUUUGUAAUAUAUAUUUUGUAUGAUACAAAUGCCUGUUGGAUCAAGACACACUGGUAUUUUUCAUUGUUAACAUAUAUCAAAGAAUUUUCUUCUCAGCCAUUUCUUUUGGUAAUUGAGUUUUAAAGAUCUGGUUGUUGCCAAAGACGCAUCUUUUAAUAUUAGCACUGUAAACAUACAAAUGUUUUCUUUUCUCAUAAAACAGUAAACUGCUUAAUUGUUUAAAUAUACUUUUACUUUUGUCAUGACAAUCUGGAACAUUCUUGAUGAACAGAACUGCAGUUUAGUAGAUAAUUACCUUUCACAAAAAAAAAAAAAAAAAAGUAAGUAAAUAUAAUUUGAGACAUCAUUUGAUCCUGAGGAAGUAUUCUUAAAUAUCUUAUUAGUGUGCCAUUAGUAUUUAAAAAAAAUUAGUGCUAAACAUUCCUGCCUGUUGAACCUAAGGAUUAAAGUGAGGCAAUGGAAAGCAAGUUGUACUUAUAUUUUUCAUAUCACUCUGCGAGCAUGGUGAGUACCGUAUUUGCCGGCGUAAAAGACGCACCCUUGCAUAAGAUGCACUCUCACAUAGGACACACCCCUAUUUUACAAGGAUAUGAUGUGGGAAAAACUAUUUAAAAUAUAUUAUCAUACAUUUAUUUAAAAUAUAAGUAGAUUUUGUACUCCAACUCCUCCUACUUCUAAGAUCAGCUGUAUAGUUCUUUAUAUUUUGGCCAAGAGAAUCGCUAUACAGGAUGUGAAACUUGUAUGUCUGGAUAUGAUGUUUUGUGUUGCCACAUCAGGACACUCCCUCCCUAUCUGGCUCGCUGGCGUCGUGAGGAGACUUGGUGGGCAGCUGCCAGUGUGUGAUGUUCCAUAGGUCAGUCCUCUGUCCUUUUGAAGCCUUAUGCUCCUGCUGCUGUCUUUACCAAUUUUGCCAGAAAUCUUUUUUUCCUUUUCCUUUUCAUUUUUCUUCCCCUUUCUAAUUGUCAUUUCCUGCCGACCUUUUGUCAGUCUUGAUUUUCUUUGUCAGUUUUGAUUUCUUGAUGUCUUUUUUUUAUUUGAAAUGAAAAAGUGAUGCAACCAUUAAAAAACUCUUAAAAUAUGGCCUAAUUAAAAAACCCUCAGAGCGCUUUAAGGUGCUUUGCGUAAUGCAGUGGUUAAGGGUAGUGUCCCUGUGCCCUUCCUCCUACCACCGCAACUGGCAAUGGGAAACAGCUCUGGUGAGGCUGCGUAUUGGUCAUAUGCGCUUAACGCACGGACACUUAAUGGAGCGCCACCCUGCUCCUUAUUGUCCUAACUGCAUUGUCCCUCUUACAGUUGUGCAUAUCCUUGUUGAAUGUCCUGACUUGCAAGACGAGCGUGUCUUGCUUUCCGACCAUCCCCCGCGGUCACUUUUACCUUGAUAUAAUUCUUGGUGAAUCGGAUACAUUUGAUAUCAUUUGCUUUAUGCAUUUCUGUUCUCUUAUUGGCAUCCUCAGUGAUAUUUAGCGCCCUCUGGUUAUUCCGCACAUUUGAUGGUGCUACAUAGCCUUCCUGGUUUGGUGCCUUCUUUUGAUAAUUACAUACUUCGAGGAGAAUUUUUGUAUUUAGAUAAUGUUUCUUAAAGGUAAGUCGUUAAAUAAUUGACAUAUCAGGAGUGGGUUAUGUAUGCUGGGUAAGGUAGCGAGAUGAUGAUAGCUUCCUUUAUAACUGCCGACGUAUAUCUUAAACAAUUUUUCGUAAGUUUGUGAAAACACACGGUGAUAACUAUGCUUGUUUUCAAUAUUUUAUUAUUAGCAACGAUUUUUGUGCCUGACGGCUCCCUAGCCUAUGGUGCUUGGUUUCGCAUCCAUAAACGUUCACAUUAGACACAGCAUUCUUUUUUUUACAUUAAAAAAAAAAAUCUUGUCUUGUACGCCGGCAAAUAUGGUAUACACUCCCUGUAUUGGUACCAACAGUAGCAGUGCAUGUUGGCUGGAGAGUUGGUAUACCAAGUGUAUGUCACAUUGAUAUUUAUUUUUAUAAUGAAUAUGCAUAGGUCGUGGCCAGUCAUUCUCUUUUUCAUGCAUCUUUUUUUUUUUCUGUGAACAUUCCUGUUUCAAUUUGCAUCUGUUAGUAAAGUAUAUUCUGAUUUUUCCAUCUAGUGUUUCGGCAUUUCAUUACAUUCAUUAAAUCAGUGUGUAUUAUUACAAAGUACAGUAUGCUUUUUUUUCAGUCAUAUAGCUUUUUGUGUAAAUCUUGUACAAAUAUACUGUAAAUGCUUCA